AGUACAAUAUGGAACAACGUCGAGAACGACGGUUGUUCCAGUAACGUUUCAUACGUCCGAGCGGAUGUUCUGUUUGUCAAGCGCGAGUAGAAAACUUGUGCCUCUCAUAGGAAUAUCCUACUUUGCGUCGCUGAAUAAGCGGACAUUUCCCCGUGUGAAGUAGAUUUAAAAUACCGUCAAAAUUAUACGAAGAAAGAAGUAUGAGUAUUAGUUCCAGCCUAUUAUUAAGUCAUUGUGAAAGUAGUAAAAAAGGUGUAAUAAUGCCGAGUUUAGUUUCGAGUAAUUGUGAAAUGUCAAGUAAAUGUAUGGACGAUAGUCUCGAAGAAGGUUCCAGGCCACUCCAGCAUUAUUGUAUAACGCUGGGUGUGGGGCCUCUGUGGUGGUCCGAUGUGCCCCAUGCCGCAUUGUCUGUAUCUACAGUCAACACAGAGAGCCGCGGCGUGGGGAUCAAGCAGAGUCAGCUCUCUGUGAGCUCCCACAUUGUGCAAGAGGAUGAAUUGUUGAAAGCUGUAAGAAGUUGUGAAUCAUUACGCCUGACCUUUACGCUUCACUUAACAGAGAGUACAUCUGUUGAGUGGGAAACUGUAGUAUGGCGCCGCUGUCUUUACAUACGCGUACCAAGCUGCCUUCUACCAGAGGGUUCCAAGGAGGGUUUUGUUUCCCUUCUGGAAUAUGCCGAAGAAACACUACAUUGUACUAAUAUCAUUGUUUGUCUCCGUAAAGACAAAUCAGAUCGAGCAAUGCUGGUUCGUACCUUCAUGUUUUUGGGCUUCACAGUACUACCACCGACUCAUGCCUUGGUACCACCAGGCAGUGACGCUGGUAAUCUCUACAUGCUCUAUGCCAUCGAGUAAUCGGCAAGCAGCUAGACUCCUCUCUCAAAUUUAACGCGCAGGUACCAUUAUAACGAAGUUUAUGAUAGAAUUCAACAAAAUGGAUAUGUAAGAAAUUAAAUAGCCUGGUUUUUGUUUCCAAUAUUUUUUCCUUUUUUUUUUUCUUUUUUGUUUGCUAGAUGCAGUUUUACAUUUUGUGUGAAAACUGCUCAGCAGAAAUUUUGAUUUCUUUUAUUUUAUAGUGAAAAUGACUAGUGAGAAACAAUUGACAUUUCGAAAUCUAAAAGCGAAGAAAAAUAAUAUGUAUUGGUGUAUCACCUUUGCGUUAAAUUUAAGAGGUAUUUAGGAGAACAGAGAGAAAUUAUAGUCUCGUAUAUGUAGAGCGCGCGUACGUAACAGGCUUUUGAUGAAUGUAUCAAUUCAUUCUCUUGAACACAAUGUUAAUAACUCUUGUAAGAUCGUAUAAAUUGCUGACAAAGCUUCCCACGUAUUCUGAAGGAAUUUGAUGGUUAAAUGAUACAAAUUAAAUAAUUAAUUGUGACAGAAAACCAUCAAAUUAUAGGAAAAAUUUAUUAUCGAUAAAUCUCUAUAUGUUAAUCGUGGCAGAUUGGGUAUCACCAUACUUUUCUUUCUAAUAGGAUUCACUUUCUCUUAUUUCUUAUAAUUAUUUCUAAGUAUUAUCGAUAUUAGUAAUAUUUUAUAUAUAUAUAUAUAUAUAUAUAUAUAUAUAUAUAUGUAUGUAUGUAUGUAUGUAUGUAUGUAUAUAUAUAUAUAUACUUAGAUUUAAUAUUUGUUGUGCAGGCUCUACUCAAAUUUUACAUAUAUAUAUAUAUAUAUGCGAAUCUGAUUAUUUCGUAGCUCAGAUUUCUAGAAAACAAAUUUUUGAAAAUUUUCGAAACCAUAAAUCAACAAAAUUGUUUGGUAUAUUCUUUGAGAAACAUGUUAUGUUAAUGUAACAAAUGGUGUAAUUAUUCGCUUUAUUUCAUAUACACGUAGUAUUUUGAGAAUAAUUUAUUUGACCUUAGAAGUUUAAUCAAUAACGAUUCAAUUGCAGUAAUCACUACUGCAAUGUAUUAAAAUAUCUGGAGUAUUAUAUAGAGUAUUUUUCUUUUUUUUUUCUUUUUUUUUUUUUCUUUUCUUUUUGUUAGUAUAAUAA